AUGUCGUGCUUGCCCUACAUAUCCCUGCAGCCCAACUACCCGGACGUCUUCGGCGACAUUGCCUCGUCGACCGUCUCGACGGAAAAGGUGUGGCUAUCGGCCUACAGCGCAAACGCUCCCAGCGGAAGCAUCCAUGCCAAGCUCGAUCUGCACGCCACUCCUGUCUCGGACGCAGCGGAAGAGGACGCAGAGACCCAGGGCGGCGUCCGGAUCGACAGCGUAACGGGCGGAGAGCGCGACGACCUGCGCGUCCAGCGUGUCAAGGGAUCGCAGCUCGAUCUACUCGUCUCCUCUGGCACGGCGGGGCAGCAGCAUCCCGACAGGCACGACCACCAACGAUCGGCGAGGGUGUUGCAGCCCGCCAUCGCUCUCCCACCCACCCACCUUCGCCUGCCGAAGCGCUCCAUCGGAAAGGUGCUCCCGGCCUCCAGGACGGGCCAGAUCAACCAGAACUUCACCGCCUACCCCAACAUCGAGGCGUUUGACGUCUCUGCGACGCAGAAUGGCCUCUUUGUCGCUGGAGGAGAGGAGGGCGCGCUGGUCGUAGGCAAUCUCAUCGACAGCUCCGAGAUGCUCUCCGUCAUGGACUCGCUCGAGGACGAAGACAAGGAGGCGCUCCAGGGCAGGCACGGCGAGGAGAAGCGCAUCGAGGCGCUCGCCAGCCUGAAGAUCAAGGAGAGGGAGGAGAGGAGCAGGAGGGAAAAGAAGGUCUACCUCAAGGGCCACGUCGGCGAUGUCAGGAGCGCCCGCUUCUUCCCGAGCGGCGAAGUCGUUCUCACGACCUCGUCGGAUCUUUCCACUCGCAUCUUUUCGGCGCUCGACGGCUCCAACCCACGCACCCUCACGGGCCACAAGCGUGCCGUGCUCUGCAGCGGCAUCCUCGGCCGGGGCCGCGAGAUCCUCACGGGUGGCGGCGACGGUACGGUGCGCCUCUAUGACGUCGGAGAGGGUAAGCAGAAGACCAUGUUUGGCGUCGAGCGCUUCUCGUCGGUCAACGCCAUGGUCGUGCCCCUCCUCGACGCCCCCAGCGCUGGCGGUCAGGUCGAAGCCGGUGAAGCGGCGGCGGCGGCAGUGCCCAACGAGUUUGCCGUUGGUCUGAGUUCUGGGCAUGCCGAGGUCAUGGACAUCCGCGCCAAGAAGCGGGCGGGCAUCGUGGGCGGGUACGCCUUCCCGCCCGGCCCUCCGCCCAAGGCAUCGGACAGCUGGACGCAGGAGGCAUCGACGGGCCAGGUCCUCGCCAUCGACUGGUACCGCGCCGGGGGCCGCAACCUGAUCGCCACGGGCACCGUCAAGGGCUACGUGAGCAUCUACGACGCGAGGAUGCUCGGCAGCUCGGCCGAGACUCCGGCCCGCGUACCGCCAAAGGCGCUGCUGGCGAGCUGGAAGAGGAACGGAUCGGCCGUCAAUUCGAUCAAGAUCGUCGAGGCCGGCAGCGCAGGUGGCGGCAGCGUCGAUGUGCUCGUCGCUACCGCCGAUGGUCUACCCUAUCGCGCCCGGGUCCACUUGGGUGCGGACCGGCCCACUGCAUCGACCGAAGAUCCGCCGGAGAUGGAGAUCGAUGCCGACCCCCUCCAGCAGCAGCAGCAGCAGGAAGAGGACAAGACGCCGAUGUGGUACGGCCACCGCGCCACCGUCGUCGAGGAGUUCUGCGGGUGGGACUGCGACCCGACCGGCGUCAUCACCCUCGACCACAAGGGCCGCGUCGUCAUUGCCGGCUCGGACGCCAGGAUCAAGAGGUACUGA